CUGCGUUGGGGUAGAGGAGCACCAUGCUGUUGACAUUGAUCUGUACCAUUGUCCCAACUGUGCAAUUCUCCAUGGACCUUCUCUGAUGAAGAAGAGGAGAAACUGGCACAGACAUGAUUACACAGAGUUGGAUGAUGGUUCCAAGCCAGUGCAGGCUGGAACACGGACCUUUGUUAAACAGCUGCGGGCUCGCUCUUUCCCAAGUGCCGAUGAAGUAAUUUUGAAAAUGCAUGGAAGCCACUUGACACAAAGAUACUUGGAGAAACAUGGGUUUGAUGUUCCCAUUAUGGUUCCUAAAUUAGAUGGUCUGGGGCUCAGACUUCCUCCGCCAACUUUCUCUGUUUUAGAUGUGGAACGCUAUGUAGGUGGAGAUAAAGUGAUAGAUGUAAUAGAUGUAGCAAGACAAGCAGACAGCAAAAUGAAGCUCCAUAAUUAUAUUAAAUAUUUCACAAAUCCUGAUCGACCAAAAGUAUUGAAUGUGAUCAGCCUGGAAUUCUCAGACACAAAGAUGUCUGAAUUGGUGGAAGUACCAGAUAUUGCCAGAAAGCUUUCAUGGGUGGAAAAUUAUUGGCCAGAUGACUCUGUCUUCCCUAAGCCUUUUGUUCAGAAGUAUUGCUUGAUGGGUGUCCAGGACAGCUACACUGAUUUUCAUAUUGAUUUUGGAGGAACAUCAGUUUGGUACCAUGUUCUCUGGGGUGAGAAGAUAUUCUAUUUGAUCAAGCCCACUGAUGAAAAUUUGUCUCUGUAUGAGUCUUGGAGUUCAUCUGUCACCCAGAGUGAAGUAUAUUUUGGGGACAAGGUUGACAAAUGUUACAAAUGUGUUGUGAAGCAAGGACACACUUUAUUUGUUCCAACAGGCUGGAUUCACGCUGUGCUCACAUCUCAGGAUUGUAUGGCUUUUGGAGGAAACUUUUUGCACAACCUCAAUAUUGGCAUGCAGCUCAGGUGUUACGAAAUGGAAAAGAGGUUGAAAACCCCAGAUCUUUUCAAAUUUCCUUUCUUUGAAGCCAUCUGUUGGUUUGUGGCCAAAAACCUACUGGAAACAUUGAAAGAACUGAGGGAAGAUGGUUUCCAGCCUCCAAGCUAUUUAGUGCAAGGAGUGAAGGCUUUACUUGCCGCUUUAAAAUUAUGGAUGAAAAAAGAACUUGUAACAGAACAUGCCUUUGAAAUACCAGACAACAUUAGGCCUGGGCAUCUCAUAAAAGAGCUCUCAAAAGUAAUUCGUUCUGUAGAGGAGGAAAACAGCAAACUCAUUAAAACUCAGGGAAUUCUUGGUGCGUGUCCAACUUCGCGGUCUUCGCAUGAAACAACUUACCCUCACCACUCCAGACGAAGGGUGAGGAAACUGCGAGACCAUGCUACCAAAACUCCUUCUAAUCUGGACAUCCUGGAACUCCACACCAGGGAGGUACUGAAAAGGCUGGAGAUGUCACCGUGGGAGGAGGAUACUGCAAGCUUGAAACUGAAUGGGAGAUUUAACAAGCCCUUUCAGCCAUCUUCUACAGUACCUGAAUGGCGAACAAAAGACAAUGAUCUUCGCCUUCUGCUGUCAAAUGGAAGAAUAAUUAGAGAUGAGAGACGCCCAUUUACAGAUCGAAGUCUUUACACAGCAGAUAGUGAAGAGGAAGAUGACAGGACAAGGUCAAAAAAGACGACUGUUAAGGUAGAAGACCAGCCCUCAGGAUGUGAAGGAGAAGUGAAUACAGAUGAACAGAAACCACUGAACAUGUUCUUUCAAAGUGUGAAAUCAGAACUCAGGAAUGGAUCCUCAGAGUACUCUGAUAUUUCUGAUUCAGAAGAAUCUGAGCCUGAUUGCACUACACAG